AUGUGUGUGUACGUCCAAGAUGGGCACUUCUAUUUUGGGUUGGCCCGGUCAAACGCCCGUAAUAAUAAUCAAGAGCUCACUCGGAAGGUCGUUCUCUACGUCAUCCUGGUCCUCCGGGGCAUCGUUCUGGGGUUCGACGCCUCCAACGUCGACAAUCAUCCGUCCGAUGGCCGUGGCUAUAGUCUUCGCCCAGUCAAACGACCAACGGCGGCUUCUUACAAGGUACGGAUAGCCACGCCGUGGGCGUUCGGCGGCACGGCGGUCGUUGCGGCUUUCUUCAUCCGGGAGAGCCUCGUCUGGCCGAUUGACCGGGACCACGUCGAAAAGACUGAGGAGUCACUGCAAAGACUAUGCACUGGCGGCGGUGGUGGUGAGAGUCUGGUGGACCUAGACGGUACGGCACUAGCGCACGAGGAGGAUGACUGCUAGUGCCCGUC